GCCGUCGUGGCCUGUAUUACUCGGGAGUUUACCAUGUUGACGUCAACGUUUUGUUAUCGCAUAUUGUUCUGCAGUGCUACCUGGCUUUGCUGAAGUUUCUCUGAUAUGCCAUAUCGGUCUCAGUGGGCGGAAAACGUUCGUAAAUAUAUUCUGAAGAGGACUUUCAACACUUAAAGUGACUGAAAGCCGUUUAAUGGGUCAAAUGUAUUAACUUUAUUCCGUCAUGUCAGUCGUGUUUAGAUUUGUUUGUUUGUUUGUUUGUUUUGUUUUGUCGGCACUUCAUUUAGGUGACUUUACAUGAACUUGCAAAUGGAGACUUUGCCGUGCAUUUGUCCAGAAGGAGGAGCCACACCCUAUAACCUUAAUCUAUCCUGUGGUUGGAUUCCUUCUGCCCUCAUUCAUUGUGCUGUGGCUUGUACAGGUUUACAGACGCAAAUCUAAGAUUAGUGUGCUAGAGCUAGCCGUAGGGCUGGGUGGCAUGGUUGGACUGGAAAAAUCAGUCCACAUAUGAAGAAGUCAAAAUGAUGCACAAUCCAAUGAACCAUUAUUGUGCUCUGAGACUUCAACUUCAACAUGUAAAACAAAAGCAGCAGUAUUCAGUCACAUGGAGUUUAUAGUUAUGUAAAAUGACAACAGGAUGUGAUCAAUCUCGUAACAUGAUUUAUCUGAAAGAUGAUAAACAAUGAUCUAAAUUGAUAGGCUCCAGUUGAUGAUUAUUUUCUCAUCAGGUGAUUGUUUGGUUAAAAAAAAAAAAGAUCAAUAAACUGUCCCAAAACUAAAGGUGUUCAAUUUACUAUCAAAAAGGACAAACAAAAUAAUAUUCACAUUUGAGAAGCUGGAACCAGAGAAAUCUGGGGAUUGUUGAAAAGUGUUUCGUAACAGUUAACUAAUUAUGAAAAGUGUUCAUUUUGAAUCAAUUGUUUUAGCUCUAAGUAAGUGAUCAUUCAGAAUGAUCUAGCUGGGGAAAGGAUGAUUCACACUAUUCAUCACAUGACUACUUUUGCCAUCGCCCUCUCUUUAGACUACAGAAUGGCACAUCGCUCUCAGUGUUCCUCUGCUGGGGAUAACCCCUUGGACCCCAACUACCUCCCCCCUCAUUAUCGGGAAGAGUACCGCGUGGCUAUUGACGCACUGAUUGAGGAGGACUUGGAGGGAUACUAUCAGUUCCUCCAAAAUGCAGAUGUGGUGGACUUCCUGUCCUCACCUGAAAUUGAGUUUAUUCAGAGCUCGGUUCAGGUCCCUCAGCAGAGCUACAACCCUGAGCAACAGUUUCCGGAGCUCGGAGGAGAUAACUCCUCAGACACUUACUGGCCGAUGCACUCUGACCAGGACGCCCCGGGCUUGGACCUCGGCUGGCCUCAGCAGCACCCCUUCAUUGGGCCGACAGAGGUCACAACUCUGGUCAACCCCCCUGAGCCUGAAAUGCCGAGUAUUAAGGAGCAGGCCCGACGACUUAUCAAGAAUGCACAGCAGGUGAUUGCUAUAGUGAUGGACAUGUUUACUGACGUUGACGUGUUUGCUGAUAUUCUCGAUGCUGCCAUGAGGAAUGUUGCCGUCUACGUCAUUUUAGACAAGCAGAACGCACAUCACUUCGUCCACAUGGUGUCCAACUGCAGAGUCAAUCUACAGAACAUUCAACUUUUACGCGUGAGAACAGUGUCCGGCAUCACGUAUCAGUGUUGCUCAGGGAAAUCCUUCAAAGGUCAGAUGAUGGAUCGCUUCCUGUUGACAGACUGCAGGGCUGUGUUGAGUGGGAACUACAGCUUCAUGUGGUCUUUUGAGAAGCUCCACCGCUGUAUGGCACACCUUUUCCUUGGACAGCUUGUAUCUACCUUUGAUGAAGAGUUUCGGAUUCUGUUCGCUCAGUCCGAUCCGCUGAUGAUUGAAGAUUUCACUCCAAUGGAAGAGUUUAGCCUUUCAAAAAAGAGGCAAUAUCCAGGUGAUAGAACACUGUAUCGAGAGCCAAAGAAAUUUCAGUCAAUGGACACCGCUCAUCCAGAGGAAUGGACGAGACAUUCCAAUGAUAAACGCGGGGACAUUUGGAGAAUGAUGCCCCUUAAAAAGCCGGAGUCCACGCACGGCCCUGCAGAUCUGUACAGUAGAUUUACAUCCCAGCAAUCUCGCAUGGAUCCGUCUUUUGAUCAGGGUCCCUCGAAGAUGCCUAUGAUGGAAAACCUUGCCUUCAAACGUCACAGUUAUGCUGAAGACGCUCAUGGUAGAUCCUCUUAUCCGUUCUUGCAGCAGGGAAGGCCAGAGCCUGAGAACCAGGGAAGGCAGUCCCAGAGGGGGCAGCAGCCUGGACCAGGUCCAGGAAAAGAAGCAGAUUCCAGCGGCUAUGACAAGUUCUGGAACCAAGACUUUUAUUCAGCAGAUCAGUACUCUGAACCUGGUUUACCACAAGAAAUGGAACCACUUGAUAACUUUGACCCUGUGCUUAGCUAUUUACCAUCUACCAGACAUGCAGACUUUGACCAGGGCUCAGAGAAAUUACUACCUGCAUCAAAUUUACCAUAUGGGUCAUCUCACCCUAGAAGAAUGAAUUUAGGCCAGCCAAAUGCUUGUCAAACAUCUCCCGCCCCCUCAGAUGUAACUGAUCAAAAGCAGUUUUUCCAGCAGCCUGACGUUGACCGCAAGGAUCCUACGGUGAAACGGGGGCUAAGAAACUGGAGGCUUAGCUCAUAUCUCAGUGCAUAUGAUAAUGCAGAAGAUGAAGGCCUGCCAUCGACACCACUUGAUGCACCAGAUACUUUUGAAGAGCCCUCUAACCCCAUACAGCAAACACCAGGCAUACAUGUAUCAGUCCCUAAAAUCCCUAAUGUGAGGGAGUUUAGGGUUCCUGCAAUACCCAGGGCAAGUCAAAUGCCAAGUUAUGCCAAAACCAAUGCACGAGAACCGCCAAAGAAAUUCCUUGAGGAACCUACUGCAGUAUCAACAGAAACCAAAACAACACCAACACCUUCAGAAUCAUCAUCCACAACCGAAGUGGAAAAGAUAGAGGCAGAACAAAAGGAACCCAAAACUGCUGGUCUUCGAAGGGAGGAAUCGUUCCGUAGGAUAUACAAUGCAGCUGUACCAAGGACCUCUAGGUUAAGAUCCUCUCUGAUAUUCAGCUCACUGGAAAAGCAGCAUACUUCUCAAGAUACCAAAACUGCUCUCGACCAAAAGGAUGAUCAAAGUGACCAAAAUGAGGCAGAACAGACAAAACUACCUUUUGUUUCUCAGGGUAUAGGACAAUGGAGGUCUUCAGCAAGAGAACCUUUUGAAUGGAGCCGUUACAUGAAGUCAGCCUCUUUUGAUAACUCUGCCACAGACCCAUCCAAACCAGAUGAUGGAAACAGUAAACAUGAUGAUGAAGAUUCACCAAAGGACAAAAAGUCCUUUGGUGUCAAAGCUGAAGAGCAAGCAACUUCUUCACCAUGCAUGCCCCGAUCCAAGGAGUUUGAAGCCAAGUUGCCCAGCACUGUUCAGCCAGAACAGCCACCCACAUCUUUGCUCACCACUCCCUUACAUGUAGAUAUGAGUGAUCCUGAUGAAAGGCUCCUGUUUUUCAAAGAGUUGGCAGCAAAACGCAAAGCCGCUAAGGCUGCAGAAGCUGAAAAAAGCAAAGAGGAGGCUCCGAUGAGACCACCAACUGAACUAAAAAGCAAUACUGCUGUUAUAAAGGAGGAGCCUGUACUAAAAGACACCUCUGAAAAGAUGACUGACACUUCAACAUCUGAGGGUUUAUUAGUUAAAAAUGCUACAGCAGAGGACUCAGGGAAAACAGCAUCCACAGAGCCAUACAAGUCAGUUAGUCCAUCUUUAGAUGCCAGUGAUAAAGCUAACAAGCAGAACAGUCUGGUCAAGACUGAUCCCAAUACAUCCCAAAGCUGUAAACAACAACAAACCAGAGUUUCAACUCAUACAGAGAAGAUAGAGCUGAAGAACAGUCCAUCAGCAGAAACUCUGCCUGUUUCUGCACAAACGGAAGCAACUCAGAGCAAACCACCGGAAGAGCCAAAGCUGUCAAAUCCUGCUGUAAAACAGAGUAACCCCAGUCCUCCACCUACACCACCACACAUACACAACACACCACCAAUCGCUACUCCUGCUAGUGUUCCUUCUCUUGCACAAGGUACUGAUGAAAAUGAAAGCCCAAGCCUUGAUUGUACCUCAAAGAAGUCUGGUUCACUAACUCCCAGUUCAGUGGAGGAACCGUCAUCCUCUGGAUUUGCUGCGUUGUAUUCUAACACCCCAAAUUCUGAAUCAGUUCAGUUAGAAACCAGCAUCUCCUCUCCUCCUCUGCUACCUGAACAAGACACUGAAUCAGAAUUCAGCUCUUCUAACCCAUCAGGCCAAAGCUGUUCCGCUAAUAACAUUGUGCCAGAUUCUGGUUCACAGAUCAAUCCAAGUCCUUCACCCUCCUCAUCACAGUCCAGUGAAAAGACAGACUCCGAACAAUCUUGUGGUCCUACACCUUCAAAAAAAGAUGCUCCUGAAUCAGAAAACGGCUCUGCUCCAAAUGGUGUUGGAGAGGAAUCUCAGGAUCUUGGAUCAUCAAAGAAUGCGAAAGCUAGUAGCACACCUUCUAGCCUUAGCCCUUCCUUGGCUGAAUCAUGUUUACAUGAUGCAGCUGAGCUGGAAAGUAAAUCCAUAUCUGCUCAAAAUGAGACUAUUACUUCGACCCCCUCCCCAGCAGACAUUCCACCCAAGCAUAGUGCAGCAAAAACAAGCUCUCCUGUCCUCCCGGACUUUACUCCUAAUGCUUCCCAGUCAAAAAGACAAGCGAACCCUCCCUCCAAACUUAACCUGACAGGAUCUGUCUCUCCCACUCCUAUUGAAACCGUAUCAUGUUCUUCUCCUCUAACAGAGUCAGUUGGAUCAGUUUUGUCCCCUGAGACUGAAAAAACAUUGACUGCAUUGCACAGCACCUCAGAUACUGAAAGUCUUCCCAAGCAGGUUGCAACAGACUCAACUGAAACUCCAAUGCUUCCAUCAACAGAAACGUCUAGCCCAACUGAGCUGACCUCAAAAGUCCCAACAGAGCCCCCUAUGCCUAGCAAAACACCUGAAUCUGUGACUUUUGAACCCCACCCUUCAAAGUCACCUGUAUCUGCUGAAAAUACUCAUCUGGACAGACAGAAUGAACAAGAAGUGAACAAAGAGCCUGAAAAGCCUGACCCUGAUGAGAUAAAAACUGGUGAUACAGAGGCCACAAAUAUGGUAAAUAAAACUACUACACAGGAGUCCGUCUGCAAUGAGGAAACAACUGAAAAAGUAGGGCAAAAUAACUGCUCCAAACCGCCAGAGAUCACAUCAGAUGAAGUUGUUCCUGCAUCACCACAGUCCAAGCAGCCAAAAUCAAGUCAGUCUCGCUACCAAUCAUCAACAGCCAACGUGCUGUCAAGCAGCAACCUCAGAGAUGAUACAAAGCUGCUUUUGGAGCAAAUUUCUGCUAAUAGCCAAAGCCGGAUCGAAGCUGCUAAAGAGUCUCCUGUCACCGAUGACGAGAAAGAAGACGAAGCUGACAAAAAUGCCAAAAGGGAGAAAGAAAGAGGGAUCAGGUCACUUAACAGAGGGCAGCCUAAGACAAGUGAGGAGCGUGACAAGCUGCUGGAGCGGAUUCAGAGCAUGAGGAAGGAGAGGAAAGUUUACAGCCGAUUUGAGAUGGCACCUUAAUGGGGAUCCAAAGAAAGUUGCAAAGCAUAGUGUGUGUAGACAGAAGCAAAGUCAAUUGAAGGCUGAAAUGAUGACCUGAAGACAUUUUCUCACCAAAGACAUUUAAUAGAAAUAGGAUCUCUCCACUUGUUCUCCGCAAACAAGACGUAUCGUGAGGAAGAAACACAGGGGACCUGUAUCGGUGGCGCUGAAAUUUAAAGUGUAAAACUACCGGUAAUAUAAAUGAAUUCAAGCCUGAUGUCAUGAUUACAUGUGUUAUGACCAACAAAGGGCUUCUUCCCGUGGGUGAUUUAACAAGUUGCUACCGGUGUGAAAAGUAUCUGGACUGAGGGAUCAAAUAUGGUAUUACUGACUGCAUGGGUCAAGUGCAAUGUGUGCAGCAGUUUGUGUCUGUGAUGAGGUCUGACCUUGCCUUUUUUACUGCAAUGACAGCUGUUGCAUUAAUGUUAACUGUUUUUAAGACAAAAUGUGAUGUAAACGUGUAAUAGAUCAUCUAAAGUAGUCAAGAGUUUAUCAAGCUGUAAUAUGCUGUUGUUUAUAUUGUAGAAUUUCACAACCAUGUCAAGCAAAGACGUUAAUAGCACGUGUUUGUGAAGCCAGUGAAUAUAUAAAUUUCUAUGCAUGCUGGACUGGUGGUGUUCUGGUGUAAAUACUUUAUAGCUUUAAGUCUUUGUAAUCUGAAUCAAACAUGGAAUUUAAAAAAUAUGAACAGAACUGCAGCAAAAUUGAUGAUUUGUGAAACAAACAAACAUAAGGAAAGAUGUUACUUUUUAUGAGUUUAAAGCCAAAGCUACCUGAUUGACUAGAUGCCAGAGGGGUAAUUGACUACAUAGUUAUUUGCUUUUUUCAAUGAAAACUCGUCAUAGCUGUACACUGAAAUAAGAAAUUUCGAAACUGCAAAUACAAUACACUUGCAAAUUUCUUUCAAAAUGUGUUCUCUGGCUUUUGUGUGCCUGACUUUGUAAAAGAAAGUUCUCUAGAUAUAUAGACAUUUUUGUAAAGCAGACAUUUUGACUUGUCAUACUAUGAAAAGUACAGGUGUUCAAGUGUACCAGUGAGCCAUGACAGUGUGACCGUGAGGCAGCAUGAACACAACCAGGACCCUGAAGAAGCAGCUAAAUGGAAUACAGCCAUCAUUCAUUUUAUUACUUACACUUCUGCUUUUCCUGCUGUGACAUGUCAAAAUGUCUUCUGUGAAAAACACCCAUUCUUUUUUUCUAAUCUGUCCUUAAAAUUCCAUCUUGAAUGUUAUGUUCCGCAAAAGACAUUACUUCCGGGAAACAUCAGUUUUGUGAGUCAUCAGGUUUGAAACAUCUGCCAAAAUAAGACAGGAAUGACAUUUUAAAUGUUUUUUGAUUGACAAAGUGAUUGAAAAUCAGCUGUCCAAUGUGGAUUAAUGAGCAUGUAUUUCUUUUCCGCUUAAUGAAAGCAUGACUUACUUACCAUGCAAUUCCCAAGCCGACACAAGGCAUCCCUUAACUGUGUCUCACCACAAUGACCUUUCCUUUAGCAUCACUGAGAAAUAGUGUUUGGUGGAGAUUGGAUAGUUGAAGUCGCUGUGGAAAGUCUGGUCAGAACUCUGGGUUUGCCUUUACAGAGAGCAGUUCACAUUUUAAAGUGCAUAUAACUUGUAAUAAUGGGACGUGUGGUUUGUGAAAAGAACCAUAAACAAUACAAAAAUAUAGGAAUAUGUAUACAGAUAACAAAACAUACAGCAUGUUACUAUGAUAUACAUAAUAGUUCUUUAAUAAACAUAACAUAUGCCUCUCCA